AUGGACGCAGCAAUGUUCCCGCAAAUCGCCUUCAUAGUCUUCCUCGCCCUGAUGGUCAUUCUGAUAAUCUUCUACUCCAUCACAUCCUUCUACAUCCCCGCCAUCAACGACCUCAUCGUUUCCGUAUUCAAGCACAUGCGACUGGCUCAACGUCAAGAAGCCCGGAACGCGCGAGAGGCCAACAAAGGACAUGAAGGCUGGAUCACAGAUGAAUGCUCCGAUCUGGAUUUCGGUCUCGAAUACUGA